AUGGAGUCCAAUACAGUCAUUAUCGACAAUGGAUCUGGGUACAUAAAGGCGGGGACGAGCGCGGAGGACUUUCCCUCGGUGUUUUUCCCCACAGUGGUGGGGUUUCCGCGGCGGCGGUUUGAGGGUUUGUUCAAAGACAAAACCCUAAAAGAGAGUAUAUUUGUUGGGGAGGCAGCAGUGGAAAACAGGCAGCACUUGACCAUCACAAACCCCAUAGACCACGGCCACAUCGACGACUGGGACCAG